UGAAGCGGUGGCCGAGUUGAGUGGCCAAUUGGACGAACUGCAAAAAGCGAAAAGCAACGCCGAAAAGGACCGUCAAUCGUUGCAGAGACAACUGGAGGAUGUCAACCAAAUGGUCGACGCGGAGGUAAGGGCCAAAGUGGAGCAGGAACGCCAGGCCAAGCUACUCGAACAGCAAUUGGCCGAACUGCACUCGAAAUGCGACGAACAGAACAGGCAGCUAGCGGAUGUGGCCACUCUAAAGCAACGUCUCGGGCAGGAGAGUGCCGACCUGCAACGUCAGGUGGAGGAGAUGGAGACGCAACUCACGCAGGUGUCACGUCUCAAGACGCAAUACGUCAGUCAACUGGACGAGGCAAAAUUGGAGGCACAAGAUGAGACCCGAGAACGGCAGCAGUUGAACGCAGCCGCAAAGAAUCUACAACACGAAAUCGACCAACUCAAAGAGUCACUCGAAGAGGAGAUGCAGGCCAAGAGCGAGAUCCUGCGCCAGAUCAGCCGCGCCAACGCCGAGAUUCAACAGUGGAAGGCGAAAUUCGAGGGCGAGGGCCUGGUGGGCGCCGACGAGGUGGAAGAGGCGCGUCGUAAGCAACAGGCACGUCUUCAGGAACUUCAGCAA